CACCCACCGCUCAUCAGGCUUCAACCAAGCCUAACCACCAAAUCCUCCCUCAGUGAGUUCCACAAUUCAGGAGCAUGGAAAGAAAAGCUUCGUCGCCAAUGGCGCCCACCUUCAUGGUGUCGGCACCGGGAAAAGUCAUUGUCUAUGGCGAACAUGCUGCUGUGUAUGGCAAGCCAGCUAUUGCCGCAGCCAUCUCGCUCAGAUCCUAUCUCCUCGUCACCACCCUAUCCAAGUCUCACAACACCAUCACACUGAACUUCAGAGAUGUUGGAUUGAAUCAUACAUGGGAUAUCGACACUUUACCAUGGGAUAUCUUUCACCAUCCUUCGAAAAAGAGAUUUUAUUAUUCCCUCGUUACCUCACUUGACCCCGAAUUGCUUGAUGCCAUUAGACCGCAUGCCGAGGCCGUGUCGAAGGACCUUCCAGAGAAGCAACGAAAAGUUCAUGUGCACUCAGCGACCGCCUUUCUCUACCUCUUCCUAUCCUUAGGAUCCCCGGAAAGCCCCGGAUUCAUCUAUACUCUUCGAUCCACUAUUCCGAUUGGCGCGGGGUUGGGUAGCAGUUCCAGUGUAUGCGUCUGCUUGAGUGCAGCCCUACUCCUCCAGAUGCGCACCCUUGUAGGACCUCACCCUGAUCAGCCUCCCGAUGAAGCAGAGGUUCAGAUUCAGCGCAUUAAUCGCUGGGCGUUUGUGGGUGAGCUGUGCAUACACGGAGAUCCCAGUGGAGUAGACAAUACGGUCUCUGCGGGUGGAAAGGCCGUGGUUUUCCAACGCAACGGGUCCGAACCACCAUCCGUCACUCCCCUCACCAAGUUCCCCAAACUACCACUGCUUCUCGUUGACACACGACAACCACGCUCAACAGCUGCGCAGGUAGAGAAAGUGAGAUCGUUGAUGAUGAAUCACCCUAAAGUGACAGGGUUGAUCUUGGACGGAAUUGGCCAAAUCACAACGUCUGCACUGGAUCUCAUUUUGUCCGCUGAUUUUGAUGGCGAUGGCAUGCCUGCAGCUCUCCAGCAAUUGGGGACUUUGAUCCGUAUUAACCACGGGUUCCUGAUUUCAUUGGGGGUCUCCCACCCCAGUCUAGAGCGCAUCUGCGAGCUCGUGGACCAUGCUGAUAUUGGCUGGACAAAACUCACUGGCGCUGGAGGCGGUGGAUGUGCCAUCACACUCUUCCGACCGGACGUCAAAGAUGGAACCCUUAAAGAACUGCAACAGAAGUUCACGGCAGAAGGAUUCCGGACAUAUGAGACUCUUCUAUCCGCUGACGGGGUUGGUGUGCUGUGGCCCGCUGUGUUCCGAAAUCGCGGUGAUAGAGGGGGUGCUGAAGAGAUCGACCAGGAAAGGUUUGAAAAUGCCGACGGUACUCAAGGUAUCGAACAACUUGUUGGAGUGGGAGUGCAGGAAUAUCGGCAAGGUUGGAAAUUCUGGGAGCGGGGAGUUGUCUGAGAUGAAUUAGACAUGAUCGAACGACUGGUUGAUUUCCACAGCCUUCUUGGAGAUAGUAGCCGGGCUGCCCUUGAGGGUGCAGUCUUACAUAUCAAUCCGAGAGCCUUAUAAUUACGAGAUAUUUAGCUUGCUUGGUCAUUUGCUCGGGGCAUCAUGGGUCAGCAGAACAGAAUGUCCCGUUCGCAACAUGACACUCAAAUAAGUCCAGCCUGGGUUUCCAUUCAUGAGGGAAGAGGCGUGACGGUCAAAUUCCUCGAGGGACUCGCAAAUCUCAGUUGCUCUCCGGUUAAUGUGACUAGGGUGGCUAGGGUGGUGAUCGUCAAUGCCGUCAUCGUCAUAGUCACUCUGAAGGUCCCCCGUGCGGCUUUGCCCAGAUUGGGCUUGUUUUCAGGCGUGCCAUUGCUGUUUAGGUUG